AUGGCAGGUCUUAUUGCAAAGUGGAUCAGCAAGAAAAUUCUGGCGGAAAAGGUCGAAAACAACUUUGGCCGUGAGGACCCCUACUUCGAGACCGUCCCUGCCACCAGGCUCGAUGGUACCCCCACCGGCAAGGUCAAAAAGCGCAGAAAGGCCCUGCCUCCAGGAAUCUCCAAGCAAGAUGGAGAGGUAUUGACAAAGGUCAAGCGUCGAGCCUAUCGUCUCGACCAGUCAUUGUUCACAUGUUGUGGUGUCAAGUUUGGAUGGGGCAGCGUCAUCGGACUGAUUCCUGCGGUUGGAGAUGUUCUCGAUGCUUUCAUGGCCAUGAUGGUCUUCAGAACUUGCUCCAAGGUUGAAGGUGGACUCCCGAGCUCGGUCAAAUCCAAGAUGAUGUUCAAUAUCAUAAUUGACUUCGUCAUCGGCCUUGUCCCCUUCGUGGGAGAUGUGGCCGACGCCGCUUUCCGUGCCAACACCAAGAACGCCAUUGUACUUGAGGAAUAUCUUCGCGAGAAGGGGAAGAAGAACUUGCGUCGUAGUGGAGCACCUAUUCCAGCAGUCGACCCGAGCGAUGCUGACGAGUGGGAUCGCCUGCAAGGAGACCGUACGCCGCCCGAGUAUGUCAGCCGGGAGCCGUCUCGCAAUGACCACAUGUCGUCCAGCCGCCAGCACUCGUACAAUGGCCGCGCCCCAGCUGCUCCGGCCAAGGCCGCGGUCAGAGAAGAACGGGCGAGUAGUGGUGGUCGAGGCUGGUUCGGUUUCGGUCGGUCGAGAGUUGAUGAUGUCGAGUCGGCCCGCAACCCUACAGACGGGUCAGCCCCGCGACAGUCGAGGCGAUAG